AUGCAUAGCAGAAGCCUGCUGACAGGAGCAGCAGCCACAUCUUACUCUUUCAGUCCAUCAUUCACCUCUGAAAAUGGCACUGCCAGUGGACUUGACUUGGAAAUUAACAACACUCAUCAUCAUCACAAUAAUACCAAUCAUAACAACAACUACACAAGCAAGCCUAUGAUCGUUCGGAAUGCCCAAAAAUCUUCGCCUCUCAUCACUCUGAUCCGAAGAGUAUGUUGUUUUUGCUGCAACAUUUCGAGCAGAACAUCACGUGUUGCUUCCGAUGGUCAUAUUCGAGGAGGCAUCAACAAGUCCCGUGUGACCAUUUCACUUGCCAUUCUCUUUUCCUUGUUCAUAUUUUUGUUUUUGGUUUUGCAAUCAAAAUUUAGUGUGAAUUACAAGAGUAGUGAAUUGUUGGAAAACAAAUUAGGGAAACAUUCUCUUCACACGAAAGAAGGCUCUCAUCAAACUCUCAACUUACACACUCUCUCUUCUGAUAAACGAUUUUCAUGUGAAGAUGGUGGAGGAUUUGAAGUCACAGAUUCAAAACUCACCAUUGUUGUCACACCAUCUUUGAGAGAGAGUGAUUUCAGAUUUAUUACGAGUCAAAGCAUUGGAGAAAAUGUCAUGUUGGAAUGGAUGUUAUUUAAAGAAAAGGAUCAACCAACACCCAAGUUUUUGAAAAAGCUCCAAAAGAAAGUAAUUCUAGUUGAUGAGAUCAAGAACGAAAUGGAAUUAUUGAAAAUAGGAUUGGAACAUUCGACAGGAGAGUAUUUAUUCUUGCUUCCUUAUGAGGUGCAUUUAUUUGGAACAUCCUCACAUGAAAUAUUUAAAUUGAAAUUGAGUCAAUUGAAAUGCAGUGCUCAAUCUGCAAUGUUAGGUUCCAUGCUCAUUUAUCCCAUUCAUGUCAUUUCGCAAAAACCAAGUUAUAAUUACACUAGUGCCAAUGACCCUAAUUCGUCUUUUAAUAUUUAUAGUAUGACCUACAGACUUUCAAAAAGAGAUAAUAACAUUCCAAUACCGUACCACUACAGAAGAGGAAGAAACUACUUUUCACUUCCAAGUUCAUCCAAAAUACAUCUGGACAAUAAUAUUUGUGUGGCCUUUGCUGGAGCGUUCUUCAAGACAUCAAAAUUCAAAAAUGUGAAAUUGGACGUCGAUUACAUGAGUCGAGAGUUGAAUGAGAUACAAAUGUGUCUACAACUGUACAAUCAAAAGAAAAACAUUAUGUUCGACCAUCAACCACAAGUCGAUGAUUUUGCUGUGGUAGUUCCGUAUAUACUGCCAAAUGUAGAAUCUGUCUCUGAAGAGGAAAAUUCAAACUCUUGGAGUUUUGUACUUUCUCGUGCCCCAUCAUCAAUGAACGAAGAACAAUCCUCUCAACCUAUCAAUACCUACGAACAGGCACCACCAACCACCAAUCGAUUUAUUCCUUUCAACACCUAUUCGAUUGGAAAUGUGAAAAAAUUUCUUAAAAAACAUACAAGUACUUUAAAUGAAAUUCUUGAAACAGAAUAUAAGAAACGUACAAACAAUCAUACGAGCAUGUCAUUGGUAUGGGAUUUCGGAGCUGGCUCUUGCUCUGGCUGGUUCAUGGAAACUGAAGAAUUUGUGACAAACUUGGACAUGGAAUACAGAGCUACCAAUUUGAGAAUAAUUACUGGACGAGAAGACACGUGCCUUGGGUUGGAGUCUUACAAAUUUGAAAGUUUAGAUCGAUUAAUUUCUAGAGAAGAUAUUAGCUCUAAAAUUGACGUUUUUAUUUCACACAAACCUCCAACAAGGUAUCCAAAAUCAUUUCCCUACAAAGGACUUGUUCAUUUGAAUGGUAUUCCCAAAUAUGUCAUUGGAAGAAGUAUGCAUGAAUCUGAAAAACUACCUCAGGAAUGGAUUUCCAAUUUGAAAUUAGUGAACGAGGUGUGGCUACCAAGCAGUUUUCUUGUGGAUGUUCUCGUUAAGAAAUAUCACGUGAGCCCUGAAAAACUCCAAGUCGUGCCAGAACCAAUUGACACAGACUUCUAUAGUCCAUACUAUUCAAAAUAUUUAGGAAUUGAUCAAUUGAAAAAGAUUGUGAAACAACUCGACUAUGAACCAAAUCAUUAUCACUUUUAUUCUGUUUUCAAAUAUGAAGAACGAAAAGGGCCAGAGUAUUUAUUAAUGGCCUAUUUUGAUGAAUUUGCUAAUGUGAAAGAUGUGACUCUUCAUUUACAAACCUACAUGUUUAUGCAUCCAAAUGGAAGGGAUAAAAAAGUGGUCGAACAAGCCAUUGAUGACGUUCGUGAAGAAUUUCUGAAAACACGAAAAGAUUUGAAACGAGAGAAUUUACCAUGUGUGAAUAUUAUUUCACAAGUCGUUCCAACUACAGUCAUGCCACACAUGUAUCAUCAUAUGGAUUGUUUUGUAUUACCGAGUCGUGGAGAAGGAUUUGGAUUACCCUAUGCUGAAGCCAUGUCCAUGGGAUUGCCGACAAUUGGUACAAAUUAUGGAGGCCAACUUCAAUUUAUGAAUUUACACAAUUCGUAUUUAAUUGAUGUCAUUGGUGAGAGAGAUCCAGAUCAAGAAUUUGUGAUACCCAAUGUCAAACAUUUGAAGAAACUCAUGAAAUAUGUUUACUCAAAUAGAAAUGAAGCAAAAUUAAUGGGAAAGAGAGCUCGACAAUAUAUUGAACAGAAUUUAACACAUCAAGUGGUGAAUCAAAUAUUGAUUUCACAGCUGAAAAGAAUUGAAAAAAAGAUUCAACAAUCGAAAUCUUCACAACAGCAACAACAACUGGACAUCAAAAAAGAAAAACCAAACAGACCAUUGAAAAUGGAACAGAGAGGAAUUCGACCACAUUAA